CGCAUGGCCGCAUGGUGGCUUUCGACCAUGCUUUCGACUUUUGAGCGCUGCGUGGCUGCGUGGUAUAAUGUAAUGUUUUCGGUGCACGUGUCCUUAUCUGAACUUUACUGACUUCGCGGACCAUAGUGUUAACAACAUUUUGAUCUCCCAAACAUGAAGAAGAGAUUAUUUGUAGGAAAUCUGGCCAGUGAUGUACGCGAAGAAGAGCUACGAGAAAAAUUUGGGAAGUUUGGACAUGUGGAAAAUGUGGAACUACGCACGAAGAAGGAUGAAAUGGGCAUGCCCUUUCGAACUUUCGCCUAUCUUGAUGUCGGUCUCACGCAGGAGAAGCUGGUCAACUGCAUCAAAACUUACCAUAACACAGUAUGGAAGGGCAACAGCAUAGUUGUCCAAGUGGCGAAGGAAAGCUACAUAGAGAAGAUACGACGUGAAGCCGACCGCUUAAACCGGAGCGAAAGUAACCGGAAUGACGAAAGGGAAAUCAACAACCAUGUAUGGAACAAAGACCCAAGCACACCUCGCAUCAAAAUUGAAAAGACUGAAGAUGACAACAUAGGGCAUGGAGGCAGGCCAGGUGCAAGUUCUGUUAGCAGUGCUAAUAUAGUAUACACUGCGAAGAAGAAGGUCGAGACAUCACCAGAUGAGUUCUGCCAACAGAAGUCCUUCUUGUUCGACAACUUACAGGAUGAAGAGCCACAAAGCUUCGGGGAACAUUAUCCAUACCCCAGGGCAACAACUUCCAGCUUCCGUCCUCACAAAUCGUGGGAGGCACCCGUGAAUGGGGAGAGAGCUCCAAGGAGUCAGAACUGGUCUGGUGACAACUUUAAAAAAAAUGAGGUGGAGGAAGACCAUCUGGCAAAAAAGAGACCCUACGUGGAUGUGAAGAGAAAACGAGAGCUCGACAAUGAAAAACGACUUCAAUCAUUAAAGGCCAAAGCAGCACAAAGUAAAAUGCAACACAGGGCAUUGAAGACCGCAUUUUCGUCUCUGGACAGUGGAGUAUCACAGGGCAACAAAAAGAUCGUGUUUCGCGACAGUGAUGAUGAUGAUGAUUGUGACAACAAUGAUGAAUGCAACACAAGUAAAGCAGCUGUUGUGCCACGUGCUGGAAAAAGACAUAAUCUGUUUGAUGAAAAUGAUGAUGAGGGUGAUGAAUACAUCUCAACACAUGCUGAGGAUGACUUUCGUGUCAGGCCCCAGUUUCAAGGGAAGAAAGGGCAGAGAGUGUGGGAGCUUCAGUCUAGGAUUGGCAUGGAUGAAAGAUUCCGCCUCAAUGAGCAAUUUGUAGAAAGUGAUAAUGAUAAUGAAGGUGCACAUCUAGAGGAGGAUACGAAUGUUGAGAAUACUGAUGAGAGAACAAGAAACCUGAAAGUUCUUCAAGACAUCAUUGGUGGAAGUGUUGUAAAAGAUGAUCAACCAGUUCACAAGAAACCUAUUUUCAAGGACACAAACAAGUUCAGGUUUGAUCCAACAAAAGAAGAUGCAUCUAAAUUUGAAGUUAGGAAGGAAGCUGGAGCUGUUGCUUCAAAGAAGAAGAAAAACAAGGACCCUGCUCCACCUGAGCCAGUUCCUGAAGUUUCAAAGGAGCAGUUCUAUGAAGUGAGCACCUCUCUCAGGGAUGCUCUAGGAAACAAAAAGAAAGAGGAAGGCAGACAAUUCAGCUUUUCACAAAUGUUCCACCACGGAGACAGUGAUGACAGUGGUGCAGACCCAUUCUUCGAAAGUGACUCUGACAAUGAUGCCAGCCGGAAAAAGCAACGGGGUAAAGUAGAGCAGAAGAGUAAAAACAAGUUGAAGGGUCAAGCUUUUGAAAGGAACCCAUUUAAGCAUGACUCCUCCGAUGAAGAGCCACAUGAAGAUUCUGUAGAGCAUGCUGAGAUUAAAGACGAAAGUGCUGCUGAGUGUGAUGGACGCUUCUUAGUGAGGGUGGACCGGCCAAGGUUCUUCUUUGUUCCAGGAGAUCAUAGGCUUCUUGAAGGAGUGCAGUUUUUUAAGCGCCAUGAUGACAACGAGGCAAUUGUACGGAAAUGGGAAGCUAUGAGGGAGAAAGUGUUUCCUGAAAUGAUGUCAAAGAGGAAAGUAGCAAGGAGAGCAGCAGAGAGAAAAUAUGGGAAGAAGGGAGUCUGGAAAAUUGCAACGCAAAAAUGAAACCGAUUUCUACAUAAUGCUGUAUAUAAUUUUAAAUUACACCGUGAAAAUAAAAUGCCACUUUUUAUUGAU